CUUUUAGGCAUUCAUUUUGACGAAGGCCGAAUUCCCGUGGAAGCAUGGCGAGCUUUGUCCUAUGGGCUUCUCUAAGACCCCUGUGAGGUUCCGCUACAGGGGCCACUUGCUUGACUAAUAUCUGUCAACCAACAACUACCAAACCGGAAACUCGGCUAUGCAGGUACCCUUAUCACAGUGGAUGCCCUGAUGGCCGCAGUGCGUGAAAACAAGGGUCCCCAUUCAUACCAUUCCACUUCACUACAAGAACCCGCUCGGGCCCUUGUAGACUCUUCAAUCGCCAUUUGCUUCUACAUCUCCAUUUCCAUCCAGCAUGCGUUACCUUCCUUCCUUGGCGUGUUGGUUCUUCCUCUUCUGCAUCUCCAUCUCCAGCGGGGCUGCCGAGGAUCAAGAUGAUUGCACGGGCACUUUUGAAGUCGACUUGGUUUUCCCUCGCAAUAAGACAUACAAUCCCUCGCCAAUGAUGCCUAUUAUCUUCUCGUACCGAAAUCCCAAGCUCAUAUCUCUUCUUCAACCCUCUAUCAUUUAUCAGAUUUGGGAUUAUGAUAAUAUGAGAAAGACUGUCGCUGGCGCCGAGAUAGAAGCUCCAUCUGUCAAUCUCUCCACCUCGGGUGACCCUCACUUCGAGCAUCUCUUCUCUAGAGAAUUCAAUAGGGAGGGGAGAUGGUUCUUGACAGUCCAUUUCUUCUGGCAGAAUUGCUUCGAGGAUCCUGAUCACCAAUCCUCUGUCGGGAGUCAUGGAAACAACAUACAGCUCAACGACACUGCUGCUAGCUUUAUCUUCACCACUAAGGGCUCCUCUAAGCAAGUCGAUCUCGUUGCUGCAACGAGGGACAAGAAUUGUUCAUCCCCUGCCGGGGCCGCCAUAAAAGUCCAAGGAAAGCUCAGGACACCUAAAUACAAAGGUUACGAUAAAGAAUUCUGCCCUGUCACACCAACAGCAACUGAGGCAGAUGAGUGUGCUGUCACAAUGCCUGCCUCGGCUGCAUCAAGCAUUAACGCCGCUAUGACCUCUUGGCCAAACUAG